AUUGAGUUGGUUUAAGUUAUUAGCCGUUCGUCGUCUUCCUCUGGAGAAAGAAAAAAGAGAGGAAACAAUGGAAAAUCGCCAUCUCCCUUCCAAAUUCUUCUCCUCUGCUUCAUCCAUGGCUCAGAAUCAACUUAUCGAUUCGCUAACAUCUCACAUAUCUCUGUACCACUCCCACUCGUCUUCCUCUUCAAUGGCUAAUACUAUCCCCAAUCCUAGGUCGGCGAUCCUCCGAUGGUUCUCUUCUCUCAGCGUCCACCAGCGCCUCUCUCACCUCACCGUCGUUGAUCCCAAGUUCGUCCAAAUCCUCCUUCAGAUGCUUGGUUAUAUCCGCACUAAAGGCCCUUGCUCUUUCAUCAUCCUCCCAGACCUCCCUUCCUCCUCCGAUCUCCCCAGUCUCUGCUUUAAAAAAUCUCGUGGCUUAAUCUCCAGGGUUUCCGAGUCCAACGAGUCAGAGCGUUUCGUUUUCGACUCUACUCGGCUCUUUGGUUCUGGAGAAGGGGAAAGGGCUCAAGAUUGCUCUUGCUCCGUCAAUUCCCUCGAUUCUGUCGUCAUGGCCGAGGAAUUUCUUACAAAUGUGGAUCGUUUCGUGGAGACUAUGGACGUCUUAUCGGAUGGAGCAUUUCUGAGAGGAGAAGAGAGUGAUUUGGGGUCCAAUUGGGUAGAAUUAGAGUGGCUCAAAGCCAAAGGCUAUUAUAGCAUGGAAGCCUUCGUUGCAAAUAGGUUAGAGGUAAGCAUGAGAUUAGCUUGGCUGAACACAAAUAGUGGCAAGAGAAGAGGAAUCAAAUUGAAAGAGAAAUUGAAUGCUGCUGCUGCGGCUGCCAAUUCGUAUUGGAGGAAGAAGGCCUGUGUUGAUUGGUGGCAGAAUUUGGAUGCUGCAACACACAAGAAAAUCUGGACUUGUUUGUUUGGGAAGUCGGCUAAAUCUGUGAUAUAUGAGAUUCUUAGAGAAGCAAAUCAAGCACAGCAGGGGGAAAUGUGGCUCUUCAAUUUUGCAAGUGCAAGGAAAGGGCGUACAGACACUUCUGCAGUUUCAUUCUGUGACAUGAUUUUGGAACCGAACUCUGUACCAAGGAAACCAAUAACCGUAGCCAGUAAUCUAAGUGGCUUAUACGUUCUUCAAGAAUUUGCUUCACUGCUCAUCUUAUGCCAAAAUGGCUUAGUUCCAGUACAUAGUGUAUUUUUCAGCUCAAUGGGUACUAUCACAACCUUAGUGGAUUGCAUCUUAAGAAAACUACGAGGUUUUCUUAUGGUAAUCUCUAUUGAUUCUGUUAAAAGUGAACUUCUUGACGACAACACUCACAAGUGUUCUCCAAGCUCAUCAUCAAAUCAGAAGCUUGGUUCGACCAACCGUAAACAGAAAGGAAAGACCAGGAACAUGAAAAAGCCAACUCCGGAGGCUAAAUCUGAUAAAAACGUUAAUUUGUCCACGAAAAAUGGAAAGAAAGAUCAAGCUAAACUGGAAUUUAACAAAAGCAGAGAAGCGAUAGAAUGCAAGAAAGUUCCUACAGCUUCGACGAUGAUCAAUGAUCCUGAGGCCUCUGCAGCAACUAUGGAAGUUGUCCCAGGGUUAGUUGCCAGGAAAGGAAGAACUAAGAAGAAAAGGAAAGAAAAGAAUAAGAGUAAGAAGUGUACAAGUUUGGAAAAUAACGGGGAAGUGAAUAAGUCUGUAGUGAAUAGUUCAGCCAUCGUAAAAGCUUCCAAAUGUGAUUCAAGUUGUACUUCAGCCAAUCAGCAUCCUCAGGAAUAUAUCAAUGCUCAGAUUAUUGAAGAGCAUGGUUCAUUUAGCUGUGAAAGGAAUAGAUCAGGUACUUGUGCAUCUGUGAAUGGUGCAGCUAAUUGUGAGUAUUCUGGAGAGGAAGAAUCGCAUAGCAAAGCUGAAACGCAUGUGAUUUCAUCCGAUUUGAGUUCUGUGGAUCCUGCCGGUGGUCCAAGCUGUGAGAACGUGAACCCUCAAAAAUCUUGCUGUCGGGGUGAUCGUAAAGAAAAGUUGACAAUGCCUAAUGAACGAUCCAGAACUUUGGAUGAAGGGGAAUCCCAUCGGAUUCACCAUCAGAGAAGAGAAGCAGGUUACGGUUUUGCCUCCAGCAGUUCAGAAUUUGUUUCUUAUGAGUGGCCUGCUGUAGCUCCUAUGUACUUUUCGCAUGUUAGUUCUCACCUUCCAACUGCAACUGACAGACUGCACCUUGAUGUUGGUCACAAUUUGCAUCCAUACGUACGGCAACCUUUUGUGUCCACUGUGCAACAUGCUAGAAAUCCUUCAAUUGAAGGUUCCCACAAACAAGUUCUCUCUCGACCCAUGCCCAUGAGUCUAGAUUGGCCUCCCAUGGUUCAUAGCAAUUGCGGCUUGACAACAGCAUUCACUUGCAAUUAUGAUUCUGGAAUUUUGGUGGACAUUCCUGAACAGAAAAAUAAGCACGAGCUGGGGAAUGAAUGCGAGAAUAACUGGAUGUUAGAGGAAGAUUUUGAGGUGCACACUGUUUCUGGAGUAGACUAUAAUCAAUAUUUCGGUGGUGGAGUGAUGUAUUGGAAUCCUUCCGAUCAUCUCGGGACUGGCUUCUCUCGCCCUCCUUCCCUUAGUUCUGAUGAUAGCUCUUGGGCUUGGCAUGAAGCUGAAAUGAAGAGGUCUGUUGAUGACAUGGUUGCAUUUUCGUCUUCUUACAGCGCAAAUGGACUAGAUUCUCCAACUGCAGCCUCGUUCUGUUCCCCUUUUCACCCCUUAGGCCCACCAAAUCAGCCUCUCGGUUAUGUUGUGCCAGGUAAUGAAAUAUCUACCAAAAUACUGCAAGCUCCGCCAACAACAAUUGAAGGUGCAGGUGAAGAGGAAGUCUCCGGAACUUUGGCUAGUUUAUCAGGGGAUGUUGAAGGCAAUUCAGGAGACUCACUUCCUUAUCCAAUUUUGCGCCCUAUAAUUAUCCCAAAUAUGUCAAAAUCUGAAUACAAGCGUAGUUAUGAUACUAAAAGCCCAAACGUUCCACCUACAAGGCGCGAGCAUCCUCGUAUAAAGCGGCCACCGUCACCUGUGGUACUAUGUGUUCCACGUGCUCCUCGACCACCACCUCCUUCUCCUGUGAGCAACUCCAGAGCACGGCGAGGUUUUCCAACUGUGAGGUCAGGAAGUUCAAGCCCAAGACAUUGGGGUAUGAGAGGCUGGUUUCAUGACGGUGUAAACUGGGAAGAACCUCGUGGAGCAGAGAUUGUUUUGCCCUGGAGAAACAAAAGCCUUGCAGUCAGGCCGAUCAUUCAGCCGUUACCGGGGGCCCUCCUGCAAGAUCACUUAAUUGCAAUGUCGCAACUAGGCCGAGACCAAGAGCAUCCUGAUGUGGCCUUCCCUCUGCAACCACCCGAGUUAUUGAACUGUCCAAUGCAAGGGGAAUCUCUCUCACUGAUCCACGGUAUUCUUAAUGACGAGAUAGAUUCUUUCUGCAAGCAGGUUGCUGCAGAGAAUAUGGCCCGCAAACCUUAUAUCAAUUGGGCAAUCAAGCGGGUUACCCGAUCUCUCCAAGUUCUGUGGCCCAGGUCUAGGACGAACAUAUUUGGUUCAUCUGCAACUGGUUUGUCUCUCCCUUCUAGUGAUGUGGAUCUUGUGGUUUGUCUUCCUCCAGUGAGAAAUUUAGAACCUAUCAAAGAGGCAGGAAUUUUGGAGGGUCGCAAUGGUAUAAAGGAGACUUGCCUUCAGCAUGCAGCCAGGUAUCUCGCGAAUCAAGAGUGGGUAAAAACUGACUCCCUGAAGACAGUUGAAAACACAGCUAUACCAAUUAUCAUGCUUGUUGUGGAAGUCCCUUGUGAUCUGAUAUGCAGUAUACAGUCACCAAAAGAUGGUCCAGACUGUAUCACCGUUGACCAGGAUAGCAAUGGUAACACUGAAAUGGUUGGAUUUGAAGACUCUGCAGCAGCAAACUCUUUGCCAACAAACACUGGAAACUUGGCAAUUGCAAAAUCUGUCCGUCUUGACAUCAGUUUCAAAACUCCAUCCCAUACGGGUCUUCAAACCACGCAGCUGGUCAAAGAUCUGACUGAGCAAUUUCCAGCUGCCACACCACUUGCUCUGGUGUUAAAGCAGUUUUUGGCUGAUCGUACCCUGGAUCAAUCAUACUCUGGCGGAUUAAGCUCUUACUGCCUGGUCUUACUGAUUACACGUUUUCUUCAGCAUGAGCAUCAUUUGGGGCGCUCUAUCAACCAAAACCUUGGGGGGCUUCUAAUGGAUUUUCUUUACUUUUUUGGUAAUGUGUUUGAUCCUCGCCAGAUGCGUGUAUCAGUGCAAGGAAGUGGUAUCUAUAGGAAUCGGGAGAGGGGUUAUAGUAUUGAUCCGAUACACAUUGAUGAUCCUCUUUUCCCAACAAAUAAUGUGGGUAGAAAUUGCUUCCGUAUACAUCAAUGUAUUAAGGCAUUUUCUGAAGCUUACUCUGUUCUGGAAAAUGAGCUUACAUGCAUUACUAGUACCAGUGAUUCGUGUGGGAAGCAGCAGCUGCACAAUUUGCUUCCAAAAAUCAUCCCAAGUAUCAUUUCAUCUUAGGAACCAACCGAGAUGUCUUUCCUGUGGAGUUGUGAUAACUCUGGAAGGUAGAAGCUGCUGAUGAUGAUGAUGUUUGCAACUGCCGUGGUGGUUAUUGCGAAGAUAGGCUUCCGCAACUAAUACCUGAGUUGCAUAUAAUCCCUCCCAUGGUAUUUGCAGAUAAUCCUCAGAAACCCUUGUUUUUUUGUGUUGAACAUUAGUUUGGUUACUUAACUUGCUAGGUUGUUGGUGUGUUUGAAGCACAAGUAGGAAAAAUGAUUAUAUAGGUGACGGUGCUUAAAGAGGAAGAGCAAGUGUGGAGACUGGGGGACAUUAGAGAGGUGUGUUGUUGUUAGUCAACAACAAUGACUAGCUAAUUUGAAAGAGAAUUGCAGAAGUAAACUAAUUUUGAAGAAGACUUUUUGCAUUGUUUACUAGGCAUGGGACGGCAGUGAUAUUCGAGGAAUGAUGAUGUUGGCGUGUAAGUGGGAUUGAGAAAGGCAAUAGAAUGAUCUCUUCUUCUUUUUCAUCCCCACAGUUGGGAAUCCGAAUCUCUCCAUAUGUUUCCAUGCACUUUAGAAGAAAUAACAACAACUUUUCCACAGGUUAAGUUUAUAUAUACAGUAGUAACAAGUUAAUGAAAACGAAUAAUGAUGUACAUAUGCGUUUCCGAUAUAAAUUAUUGUCUGCCAAAGUAUUGGGAUAAUCUGAGUGUGGGCUGAAAGUAACAGAACAUAGUAUUUCUAUAGAUUAGAAGAACCGGAACAAGCCCAUUGGCAACAGUAUCCGGUAUGAUUAUAACAUUGCAGUAGUGGUAUGUCUUGGAGAAUCGAGGAGACACUCAUCGAGUUUAAAUGUGUGGUGGAGAGAAUAAAAGUGUGCAG